UUGGAGUUUCUCAUCUGUUAAAAAAAGCAAUGGAUCAAUCUCAAUUGUUAGGACGUGCUUUGAAAAUCGCUUGGAGAAGACUACGUCCUACUAGACGUAGUACGAGCCACUUUUCAAAACAAUGUAAACUCAGCAUCUUCUAG